AUGGACGCCUUGUCAAGGGGAUUUUGUGCGUGUGCUAUGGUAGGUGGCCUCCCGCACGGGGAAGGGGGGAGCUGGGCCUUGCGCUGGUCCUCACCCAGGGUGCAAGUGGUGGACAUUCAGCGGUAUCCAAAGUUUGUAGCAGAUUCAUUUGCGGUGUCGCGCUUCUACCUCGCCGCAUCCGACUCUGCUUCACUCAUUUGGCUUGUUAUUCCCCCUGGAAGUGAAAUGGAGGAACUGGUUGACACCUUUCAAAUUGAGGUGGGUUGCUGUGUCACGCUGAAUGAGUAUAGCGUUGUGGCAGCAAAGAAUGGACUAAACGUGGUCGUGCCUCUUUCGAUCAGUUACUCAGGGACGGAGCUGUCCCUGCUGGGGAACCCAACCUUUGACGCGACACUUUUUCACCUGUCAAGCGAGGCGCUUACUAAGCGACGGGGAAAUGUAAAACCCUGCACUUCCCGCGCCGUUGAGGAGUAUCCGAAGCUGAGCCUUAUCGACCUUGUCGAGGCCAAAGGACACGAAUUAGGUGACUACACCUUAACUCUGCGCGUGAUAUGGAAAGGAAAGCGGCGACAACUUCCGGCAAUUGGUUUAGCGACGCGGUUUAUAUUUGAUUGCAUAGGUGUGGACAGCAAUGGUGAUGCCAUGUGUAUUUCUUGCACGGGACAUGCUGCUCUGAACGACAUGUUUUCAGUGGGGGACUGUGUCUGCGUGACAAAUGCGUGUCUGACAAAUUGUGGUGAGGCCAAAGAUGCGCUGCGACUGCAAUUCAGCGAGCGCUCAUUUGGCGUGUUGUGUGGGGCGGAGGCGGGGGACACUAUUCCGGCCCACCCCUCACGGAUGUUUGGUGCGAGAUCGGUGACACAUGCUACCCAACAUAGCAACAUUGGUGACAUUGCCACUGUGGAGGGGGUGGUGGUGGCAGUGUCUCCCACGACGCUGGUAAACACAAAACGGGGACGUGUGGAGCGCUCAGCUAUCACGCUGCAGGAUACCGUGUCCUCGGUUUCUUCAUGUCUCAUCGAGGUGACUCUCUGGGAUGAGUUUUCGCGGAGCGUCACACCAGCUGUGGGUGAGCGGUGGUGUCUAUGUGGGUUUGUCGUUGGCGAGUUUAUGCGACGGCUCACGCUUUCUAGUAGGUCCGGAAGCGGAGCUAUUAAGAUGGAACCAAAGUCGCAGGCGCCUUUGUUCUCUGUGGACCGCACAGAGACAAUGAUGCCUCUGAACCGUGACGAGAAUGAUGCACUGCAGGUGGUGCUUGACCUACACGAGGCCUCCGAGACGCUGCCAGUGUUGGCCAAAAUACAACGAGUACGACUUCCUUUGACGUACAUGGCUUGUCGAGGUUGCAGUAGGCAGAUGCACGGAAACGUUCUUUCGUGUGCUGCGUGUGGUGGGUGCACGAUCGAGGAGCGCUUUUUUGUGCGACUGGAGUUAUCGGACGGCCUGUGUGCGGUGUCUGCGGUUGGCUUUGCGCAGAUUGGGGAGGCAUUGUUUGGUGUUGACCUACCAACCCUGCUGAGGCGGCGGCAGGUGUCGUCUGUCUACGAGAGCACGAUUGCCCGGGAAGUCGUGGGACUCCCGCUUCUGUUUUGGCUGCUGCGCUCGCCCGAUGACAGUCUGCUGCAUGUUGUGCGGUGCCAACACAUUGGAAUGGCGCGCUGUGCGGCGACGCUCCUGGGUGCUGUUGUGCAUAUGAUGGAGCCGAGUUCUGCCGCGCCACGAACAUAG